GUAUAAAUAUAAAAACGAAUGAAAACAAAUUAAUUGAUAAUAAUAAUAAUAAUAAUAAUAAUAAUCAACAAUUAAAUUCUAAUAGAAAAAUGAAAGAUAAUGAUAUGUUACCUAUAUAUCAAUCAAUUGAACAAACAAUAUAUCAGGAUAACUUAUCACCAUCUACUACAAGACAACUUCAACAAAAUCAACAUCAGUAUGAUUGUCAACAAAUGGAACAUUUUCAUCAGUAUCCAUUGGUUGAUUAUAAUCAAUCUCCUGAUCUACAUCGUGAAAAACAUUUCAAUCAACAAUUAUCAAAUAAUAAUUUAACAAAUAAUCAAACUAAAAUUUCUAUCAAUGUUACAAAUCUUAAAUACAACUAUAGUAACCGUAAUAAUAAUGAUUAUUCAACAUUGAACAAUACAGAUUACAUUAAAACAAAAGCCUCAGCAACAAUACCAACAACAUUCACACAUAAUACUACAACAACUGAUAACUGUUACCAAGUUAAUUUAAAAAGUAUUAUCAAUUUAUCUGAUAAAAAUAUUGAUUAUUUGAAUACUAGACGAGCUCCAGUGAAGUUUGCCAAUAAUCAUACGGAACAAUUAAAUGAAAAUGUUUCAACUCUUAAAAAUUGUCCAACACGGUAUUAUUCAGAGAGAAUCAAUCGGACAACAACGAAUAGUCGUUCUAAUGAUCAAAUUACAUCUAUAGAAAUCAAUCCAUCCAGUGCACCGUUCAUUGAUCGACAAGAGGUAAUUAUUAUGUCUGAUAACAAGAAUCAUAAAAAUCCAGUCAGUGAAUUACCAUCAUCAACAACAACGACUACAACAGGGAAUGUACAACACCAUCGUCAUCAUCAACAACAACAAAUAUAUCAAGUUACAAGUCAGCCGCCUCCACCGAUUCAGCAGCACCCACAGCAAUUUACGUCAGGUUAUGUAAAAAACAAGUCUAAUUCACUUAAUAUUAAUGUUAAACAGAAUACUUCAGAUAAACUGAAAUUGGUCGAUUCAAGACGUACAACACCGAGACAGUUGAAACAAUAUCAAUUAAAACGUAAUCAACCAAUUACUCAUUCAUCAUUGACUACUAGUACUGAGUCACCACCCUCAACAACAGCAACAAUGAUUUCACCAGAAUUAUAUCAACCAAAAUAUACAAUUGCAUUAAAUCAUUCCCAUUUAGAAAAAGCAAAAACUAUCAAUUCACCUGAAAAUUUUCAUAAUCCCAUGGAAAAAUCAACAUUUCCUCAACAAAUGACCUCUAGUGAUUUAGCUGCAUCAUUUAUUCGUACGGCAAGUUUACAUUUAAAAUCGACACUAUCACGAUUGAAACGUUCGAAUAGUGGACAUUCAAAUAAGCCAUCAGAUGCAAUAACUACGACUACUAUUCAUACUGACGUUUUGCCUUCGGUUAAAACAAUUGAUGUUAAUGAGGCAGCAAUGCGUUAUAGUUCUCUUCCUUUUGAUAAUAAUGAUAAAUCUAUAAAACUAAUUGAUGAAAUCAAUGGAAAUACGAAGCAGGUGUAUAAAGAAUUAAAUACUACUACUACUACUGAGAAAAAUAAUAGUAAUUUAUUUUCAUCAUCACCUGGAUGUACAAAAUGGUCUACACGUUUAGGUCCUCCACCAUCCCCAUGUAAAACGACAGAUAUUAAUACUGCUGUCAUAUAUCCUAAAUGUUGUAUAUCGACAACAUUCCAUGGAACUAACACAUCUGAGACAGUAGUCACAACGACAGUAAAUUCUACACAACUACCAUUAAAUAUUUUAAAUCAUAGUAAGAAAAAUGUUUUAAUUUUGAAAAAUACAACAACGAUGACUACUACUACUACUACUAACUCUGUCAAUAUAAGUAGUGUAUCCCAAGUAUUGCCUGAAAAUGAACGGAAUGAAUUGAAUUUAUCAUUAACUGGUGGUGAUGAUUGUGCUGAUUUUGGAGCAUUUGGUCGAAUUAAUUUACGUACUGGAAGUUUUAUGGGUCGUUAUCCCAAUUAUUCACAUUCGAAUUAUCACUUAAUGAAUUAUGCCCAAAAUGGGCAGCAUAGGCAAUAUUUAUUAAGUGGUAACGAUAAUAGUAGUAGUAUACAAGAACAACAACAGCAAUAUCAAAACGAUCAACAAAACCUUUCAGAUUACAGACCACUUUAUUUAUCUGUCCAACCGCAUACAACAUCACCAUCUGGGAAUACAACCCGAUCAGCACCAUCACCGAGUCUUUCAUCAAUCAUAUCAACACAAGGUAUUCCAGGUUAUAAUGAAUCUUGUCAACAACAGCAAAUUGUAUAUUUUCGUCCUCAGAGUAAAUCGAUCAAUUUGAAAGCGUCAUCAUCCUCUUCCGUGACAAUGAAACGUUCACCAAGAGUGAAUUCUAUGCAUAAUCCACAAUUGUUGCAUACAAUAGAUAAUCCAGAUGAUCAAUACUCAAUACCUAUAACACAUCCUCAUGAAAUGUUAUUAUUAUCUUCUUCAUCAUCUCCGUCUUGUGUAAGUCCGCAUCCAGAAUUGGAUCCAAUUUUAGAACGCCUGUUACUGGAUGUAACAAGUAUUGAUGAAUAUAGAACAGCAUUACAUAGAAAUGAUUCAGUUACUCCACCAUUAUCGACCAGUCGACAGCGUACUAUCAAUCGUAUACAUACUCCGUUAGGAUCAAGUGAUCCUGAAUCAAUUUCACGAUCAGCUGAUCAUAUAACCAAUGUGAAUUUAUCAAAUAAACAAUUAAAUAUUUUACAUGAUAAUAUAUGGGAUUUAAAUAAACAAAUUAAUGAUUUAAUACAAAUGGAAUUUAAUUAUAAACAGAAACAACCAACCAUUAAUAAUAAAUCACAAUUAUCACCAUUUGAUAAUUUGAAAAUAGGUAGUUCAACAGUUGGACCUAGACGUUCAGCUCCAAAUGUUCAAGUUGAAGAAGACGGUAAAACUGAAGCUGACAGUCAAUCAACUAAACAACAACAGCAAACAGACGAAGCAUCCCCUACCACUGGCACAAAACCUGGAAAAUAUAUAUCAUUUAGAAAACAUCCAUUUCGUUGGUCAAGUCGGACAAGAUCAUCAUCACAUAAAAAAAUGAUUCUAACACAUACACAAUCAUCUGUUGGACGAAGUGAUCAGCAUAUUAAUAAGGAUGAUCAUACAGUUCAUUUAUCUACGAGUUCUUUACAAGCUACACCAACCAAAUCAAUAAAUAAUACAGGAAGUAAUAAAUCUACUAAAAAUUAUCCAAUUAAUAACUGUGAUAAUAAUAAUAAUAAUACGUCGAUUAGUUAUAAUCAGCUGAAUAGUGAACAACAUCCAACAGUAAUAUCUAGUCGAAUGAAUACAUUGAAUUCAAGUAGUAAUUUAUUAGAUACGAAAAAAGAUGAUUAUGUAACAUUUUGGUCGUUAUCAGUUGGACAGUUAACAAUAUUAAGAAAAUUUGCUCUUAUACAAUUAGCUAGUAUAGCUGAUAAACAUUGUUCCAUAAAUCGAUCCCCAUUUAGUUGGCGUUUUAUGAAAUAUAGAGCACUUCUAACUUCUGGUGAUUCAAAUUUGCUAUCCAACUCAUUAAGUACAUCUCCAUUAUCCGAUAAGAAACCAUUUUCUAGUAUAAAUAAUGAAAUGUUUGUGAAUAAUCUAAAUUCAAAUGAACCAAAUAGUCUUUCUCAUCAACAUCAGACACAACCACCAGGUUGUGAACGUAUACCUCAAUUACCUAUUCGUUGUAUAUCCUAUACUGGACCAGUGUUUGGCCAAUCAUUAUCAAGUUGGCAACGUCGUUUAGGUUAUCCUCUUCCACCAGCUAUUUUGCAUAUGAUGGAUCAUUUAGAAUUAAAUGGUACUACAGCUCAUGGACUGUUUCGACGUCCAGGCGGUAAAUCCAGAAUAUUAGCAUUGAGAGAAGAGAUUGAACGUGACAUAAACUGGAGUAAAUUCAGUGAUUGGCAACCAUAUGAUAUAGCAGACUUAUUGAAACAAUUCUUUCGUGAAUUACCAGAAUGUUUAUUUACCAGUAAAUUAGCUACAGUGCUUGUCAAUGUUUAUAUAUGUGUUCCAAAUUCAGUACAAAUUGAUUUACUCCGUUGGAUAUUAAUUAGUUUACCAGAUGAAAAUCGUCUUGUUCUACAAAAAUUAUUGUAUUUACUCAAUCAUUUAUCACGUCAUAGUGAUGUAACUGAAAUGAGUGCUAGUAAUUUAGCUGUUUGUUUUGCACCAUCCUUAUAUCGUUUAAUUAAGCCAUCAUCUUUAUCUACUCAAGGUGUAAGUCUUAGUCCAAGACGUUUAAGACGAACAACUAGUGGACCAGAUCCCAAAGAUUUAGCUGAUCAACAUGCUGCACAAUUAAGUUUAAGUGCUAUGAUUACGUUGGCACCAAACUUAUUUCAAAUCUCCUGCUCUUUAUUAGAUCAUUCAACUCUUCUGACUAGUUUAACUCCGUUAGCACAAGAUUUAGAGUCAUUAAUACCAAAUGGUGAUUGGCCUCAAUGGAUACAAAAUUCAUUAACUGAUCUUAUACGUGAAUGUUCUUCAUCAAAAUCUAAAGGAUGGAACACGAUUAAUCGUGAUGUUAUGAAGCAUUACAAUGCUGAUUCGGGUGCUAAUGAAUUAUUGGAUAAUUUUGAAAUUCAUUACAAAAAAAUACCAACUUCAAUUGAAUCGAAAAUUACAUCAAAUUCAUUACGUUUAUGGCGUUGUUCAUUGUAUAUACCUGAAACUAAUCCACGUGUAAUAUUAAAUCGAUUUGUUGAAACUAGAUCAUCAUGGGAUCCAGAAGUUGUACAAAUGACAAUAGUUGAUCAAAUAUCUGAUUGUGUUGACCUUUGCGAAUUACAUUUAUCUUCAACUUAUCCACAACCAAAAUGUCUAUUACAAUUAUUACGUGGUAUACAAUAUACAUUGGAUGAUGGAAGUUGUGCCAUGUUAAGUGAAUCAAUAUGUAAUUCUGCAUUUUCCAGUACAAACACUACUCAUUCUUUAACAAUAUUAUCAACAAGUCAGUCGAUUAAUGUUCUAGGUCAUGUGUAUGAAGAUCAUGUCUAUAUUCGUCCAGAUAAUAAUGGUCGAGGUUGUCGUGUAUACUUAUUAUCUCGAGUUGACGUAAAAGGAUAUGGACCUGAUUGGUAUGUGAAUCAAUGGGGUCAUACAUUAUGUCGACGAUUAAUCAAUCUACGACGAUCACUUCAAAAGUCGAAAUCACCAAUUUUAACUUAUGAAUUAGAAGAUUCAAUAUCUAGACCUUCCCCACCACCAUAUUCAACUAUAACUGUCAAUAAUUUAACAACAACAACUACUACUACUACUGCUAUUACUACAAGUACACAUAUACCAAUUUCAUCAUCAACUACAGAUACAUCAUCAAUAUCAACUGAUAUAUUAAUUAAUCGAUUUUAAGUGUUAUUUUUUUUGUUUAUUUAUGAAAUGUAAACUAAUCAUCGAGUCAUUUCAAAUCCACAGGGAGAUCUAUUUAAAUGAAACAUAAAAUAAAGCCUAUUUGUAUAUACAAUUUUCAUGUAUUUGUACUUAUGAAUGUGAAAUUACACAAAUAUUUUGUUGUUGUUGUUGUUGUUGUUUUGUUCUUUAUCAAUAUUUUCUUCUUUUAUUCAGUUCAUUUUUUAAAAAAAAUAAAUAACUUUGUUUAUCCACCCAGAUAACUUACAUGUAUUAGAUACCUAUGAAAGUUGUUUUAACAUUUAUAUCUUACAAAUUGAAUACAAUAUAAUAAUAUGUGUGUGUGUGCUUGUGUGCGUGAAUGCGUGCUUGUGUGUGUGUGUGUGUAAUUCCCAAUUUUUUUCUUACCGAUUUAUUCAUGUUUCUGUUUCCUAUUUUACAAUAGUAACAAUAUUCAAACUUUUAGUUUCUCUAUACACAUACACAUGUGUACGCACACCCAUACACGCACGCACAAAUACACACACACAUACAUGGAGACAUGGUAGUACUUGUUUUGUAACUAUAAUGUUUACAUUUAAUUCAAUGAAUUUCAAUCUCUUCUUUAAGAGGUAAUUAGAGUUGAAAUCUAGCUCACCUCUAUUAUUAUUAUUAUCAUCAUCAUAACGGUGUAUAAAUGAAGAUGAUGAAAAUCACAAGAGAACUAUUUGAAAUGAUUAUCCCAAUUGUGUAACAUACUGAAAUGAAUUCAUAUGUAUAUUUAUAUUUCUUAUAUAUAACAGAUUAUGUUGUUCUGAUUAGAAGAUGCUAUUCAAAGAAGAAAGUUUAUCAUAUUGUACAUAAUAUAACAAACAAUAUAUAAAAUAGAAUUCAUUUUCUCUCUUUUGAAUAUAUAUACUCUUUCCAUUAAUCUAUCUAUCUAUCUAUCUAUCUAUUUAUUUAUCUAAUUACUUUCUUUUCUUUUUUCUUUGGCUUUCUGUUAUUGUGCACCUCCUUUGGUAUUAUUGAUUUUAUCGACUUCUUGAUUGUAUAUUGACAUAAUGUUGAGUUUUAUUACGUAAUAGAUUAUUUUUUAAACCUGAUAUUACACUUUCUCUAAUGAUAGUUUUUAUUUUAAUAAUCAUAGUUAAUUUGUAUUUAUAAUGUAGGGGGGGAUUGUUUCUUGGUCCUUGAAUGUAUAAAUCAUAUAGAUAAGUAUUAAUAGCCUCUCGUUUUCUCAUGGGUGUGCGUGUGUGUGCUUUUUUUGUUUCCUUAUUAAUAGAGAAAUACACUCAACUCAGUCCAGUUAAUUUGCCUAUUUUUUUUAUUAAUUCCAAUCAAGUGUCACUAUCAUCAGUUUUUUAUUAUUUUUGUUUCUUUCAAUUCGUCUACAAUCUCAUCGUUUUGAAGAUUAUGUCUUUCUAUCUUAUUGUUGCUAAUAUUAUUUGUUUACUAUAUAU